AUGGGCAACACAAGUGACCGAGUGUCUGCGGACCGCCAUGGGGCCAAAGGUCAUCGUAUGGACAGCAGCGGGGGUCACAAGGAUCUCGAACCCAGCAGCAAGAUGGUGGACAGUACGGACGACCCCAACAUCUUCAACACACGCGGGGCAGACUCUAAGGUGUUGGGCGAGAAAGAAUUCACCCCAGAUUUGGACGACCUGGUGAAAACGGUUCCUCAGGCUCGUCCCACGGUGAUCCGAUGGGCUGGAGGAGGGAAGGAGGUCUACAUCGCUGGCUCUUUUAAUAACUGGAGCAACAAGAUACCGCUCAAUAAAAGCCACAGUGACUUUGUAGCAAUCCUGGACCUGCCCGAAGGAGAGCACCAGUACAAGUUUUUCGUGGACGGGCAAUGGCUGCACGAUCCCUCGGAGCCAGUGGUGACAAGCCAGCUAGGCACCAUCAACAACCUGAUCCAAGUGAAGAAGUCUGAUUUUGAGGUGUUUGAUGCCCUGCAGGUGGACUCUCUGGAGUGCUCUGACACAUCGGAUCUUUCCAGCUCCCCUCCAGGUCCAUACGGACAGAGUCAAUACGUGUUCCGACCCGAAGGGCAUUUCAAAACUCCCCCCAUACUCCCUCCUCACCUUCUUCAAGUCAUACUCAACAAGGACACAAAUAUUUCAUGUGACCCCGCCCUGCUGCCCGAACCCAAUCACGUGAUGCUGAACCAUCUCUACGCGCUCUCUAUAAAGGACGGCGUUAUGGUGCUGAGUGCCACCCACAGAUACAAAAAGAAAUACGUCACCUCGCUGCUCUACAAGCCCAUCUAAUCAUCACGUCCGCGAUGUUAGCACUUGGGGAUAGCGACGUGUGGCUGUUUUAGCGCCAAAAUCUUGUACUUGAAACACCUUUACGGUUUAAAGACACCGGCCGUUGCCUCAUGUCUACAUUUAGGGCUAUCAAACACAGAAUGUAGCAGCGUAGUUUGAAUCACUGUGUGUGUUUAUCUUGAUUUUUUUUGUUGCAUGUUGUUAAUAUGCAUGUCAGUGUUGUAGUCAGAUUUCAAGGAACGCUUCAAUAGUUAGACUCAAACAAAGUGCAAUAAGAAGUCUGAUGUUGUUUGACACCAGUGCAGUAUUUCAUAUUUAUUGUACCAUCGAAUGUUUUUGUGUUCAUUGAUUAAAUGAUAACACAUU